UAUUAUUUAGUAAUGGUGAUAGACUAGAAGAAUCAAAAAAUAUAAGUGAAUUAGAUCGUGACCCAGGAAUUCGUGAUGGUGGUAAAAUAAAUCCAUUAUUAUUAGUUGUUAGUGGUGUUUGUGAUGGAAGAGGUGGUUUAGCUAUAGUCAUGUUAGGUCGAAUUCUUUUAUUUUCCGUUGAAAUUGAUAAUU